AUGAGCAUAAAUCUCGUACUUCACCCGGACCUUUGGGCUCCCCAGGACCCAGAGUCCUUCCAUCCCCCGGGAUUGAAGAACGUUUCGAGACGCUCAUUCAUGCGAGGCCACAUGACACAGCGCGCACCGGCCCCAACCCCAGUAUCGACACCCGAAUCGGCGCCUGCUCCAAUGUCUGUCACACCGAAGCAACCGGGGGCCAACUAUCGCGGCAACCUCCAACUGCCCGCCAACCACUCUGCGAAUGUCAGUGACGAGGUAAACACCUCUCUGUUCCUAACCGGUUUGCCGCCUGACUGCACGGUGGGCAUGUUGCUAGGAAGCUUCCGAGGCACCGCGAAGAUCUACGCGACCUUCGUGAACACCCCAGAGGUGAACCUUGGUCACCAGACUUGCGCCGCGAAGCUGGUUUUCUUCCAUUGA